GUGCAUCUUUUCCACUUAAAAAUAAGUAUGGAGUGUCCUGCAAAACUUGUCGCUUCCCUGUUAUCAUCUUCUCUCUUUACACACAAACAGUCAAAAACAUAGAAGAAAACCAAAACCUGUGACCAUAAACAGAAUCCAAAGAGACUGAGAGAGCUCAAAACCAGUUCAUCUCCAACAUUUUGAGCUAAAUUUAGCAAUGGGGUUUGCUAUUUUGCUCUUAACUUUGUUUACUUUCAUGAUAAAAGAUUCAGAAGUUCAUGCAAAUCCUGAGUUAAGAGCACUAAUGGACUUGAAAGUUGCCUUAGACCCAGAAGAUAAGUACUUGUCUUCAUGGACCAUUGAUGGUGAGCCUUGUGAUGGUUCAUUCGAGGGUUUAGCCUGUAAUGACAAGGGUCAAGUGGCUAAUAUAUCGUUGCAGGGUAAAGGGUUGUAUGGUAAGCUAUCACCUGCUGUUGCUGAGUUGAAGAACUUGACGGGGUUGUACUUGCAUUACAACUCGCUGUAUGGUGAAAUACCUGUGGAGCUAGCUGAGUUGACUCAGCUUAGUGACCUUUACUUGAAUGUGAAUAAUCUUUCUGGUCAGAUUCCUCCUGAGUUUGGAAAAAUGGAAAAUUUGCAAGUUUUGCAGCUUUGUUAUAAUCAGUUUAUAGGAAGCAUACCUACUCAGCUAGGAUCCUUGAAAAAAUUGAGUGUUCUUGCUUUGCAAUCCAAUCAACUCACGGGUGCAAUCCCUGCGAGUUUAGGGGAUUUGAGCAUGUUGAUGAGGUUAGACUUGAGCUUUAAUCGCUUGUUUGGUUCGAUCCCCACCAAAGUAGCGGAUGCUCCUGUGCUUGAAGUGCUAGAUGUUCGCAACAACUCUCUGUCUGGCAAUGUACCUCUCGCCCUCAAGAGACUGAAUGAAAGAUUCUUCUUUGGAAAUAACUUAGGAUUAUGUGGAUCUGGGUUCAUGCAUUUGAAUGAGUGUAAUGCUUCAAACAAUCUUAAUCCAAGCAGACCGGAACCCUUUGGACCAGGUUCAACUGGUAUGCCAACAAGAGAAAUCCCUGAAACUGCAAACUUGCGGUUGGCUUGCAACCAAACUCACUGCUCAAACUCAUCAAAAUCACAUCAGGCUUCAGUUGUUGUUGGCGCGAUUGUUGUAACUAUUGCAUUGUGUGUUAUUGGAAUUCUGACAUUUACUCAGUAUCGUCGGCGAAAACAGAAGCUCGCUAGCUCAUUUGAGGUUUCUGGUAAUCCUGUAAUUACCGACCAGGCCAAGGGGGUUGGCAGAAAGAAUGGCUCUCCUCUGAUCAGUCUCGAGUACUCUAAUGGAUGGGAUCCUUUAGCUGAUAGUAGGAAUUUUAGUGGGAACAAUCAAGAAGUUUUCCAAAGCUUCAGGUUUAACUUGGAUGAGGUGGAAACUGCCACACAAUACUUUUCGGAGGUGAAUUUGUUGGGCAAGAGUAACUUUUCUGCAACGUAUAAAGGUAUUCUAAGAGAUGGUUCCGCUGUUGCUAUCAAAAGCAUUAGUAAAUCCAGUUGCAAGUCAGAGGAAGCUGAAUUCUUGAAGGGAUUGAAUAUUCUGACCUCACUGAGGCAUGACAAUUUAGCAAGGUUGCGAGGAUUUUGCUGUUCAAGGGGCCGAGGGGAAUGCUUUCUCAUUUAUGAUUUUGUUCCCAAUGGUAAUUUGUUGUCGUAUCUUGACGUGAAGGAUGGCGAUGGCAGUGUGCUGGACUGGUCCACUCGAGUUUCUAUCGUGAAGGGCAUUGCCAAAGGUAUAGCGCAUUUGCAUGGACACAAAGCAAAUAAACCUGCUCUAGUUCACCAAAACAUUACAGCGGAAAAGGUCCUCAUUGACCAGCGAUGCAAUCCAUUACUUGCCGAUUCUGGCUUACAGAACCUUCUCACAAAUGAUGUUGUAUUCUCGGCAGUCAAGGCCAGUGCCGCCAUGGGUUACCUAGCACCCGAGUAUGCAACAGUUGGUAGAUUCACAGACAAAAGUGACGUAUACGCAUUUGGCGUGAUUGUUUUCCAAGUUCUCUCUGGGAAACGAAACGUUACUAACUUGGUACGGCUAGGAGCAGAGGCUUGCAGAUUCCAAGAUUACCUCGACCCCAAUGUGCAUGGGAGAUUCUUCGAGUACGAAGCAGCUAAGCUUGCAAGAAUUGCUUGGCUUUCAACUCACGAGUCUCCUGAUGAAAGACCGUCCAUGGAAGCCAUUGUCCAAGAACUUGGAAACUUUAGCAGCUGUCUCUAAUUUCCAUGAAUGUGUUUUACAGCUCCUGCCUCUGGAUAGUUUUCAAUUUGGGAUGGUAAGCUGGGAAUGAAGGUGGUACUAGGUAGAACUAACUGAAAUUUUAGUAUUUACAUUUGUGUAGUGUAGGUCCUCUUGCUGAGGAUUAAGCUUUGUUGUUAAUGUCAUUGAACUUUUUGUUAGCCUUCUAUUGGGUGAUUUUCACUUGCAAUCAACUUAAUUAUUGAA